CCGGCAGCCCUUAUCACUACAUAAGUAAUUAGUUUGUUAUCAAUUAUCACAAUCCAUAAUUAAUAAUUGCGAUCAGUCCCGGUCGUGCAAUACAUACAGUAGUAAUCAAAUUUCAUCACGAUCAAGGUAACGGUGAGUUAAAUGUUUUAUCUCUCCGAAAUUGAGAGUAAAACUGAUUGUCUCUGAAGUCUUUCUUAUCAUAACGUGGGUACUCGCAUUUUCAAACUAAACACCCACCUCUCGACCGUUCCUGUUGCUCUGCUGUGUGCGUGUGUUUAAUCAAUAUCAGCAGGUUUCCUAGAGACUAGAGAUGCCACCUGUUACUUACCGCCACAAUGAUGAUAAGUUUGACUUUCAUGUCAAAGAUUCUGGACUGUCCUUCCUCGUUGGUUACAAACAGUCUAUGACAGCGAAACUUUCAGCUCUCCGUAGCAUGCAGAUUUCCACCGCUUUGCAGUUUGAAAAAAAUGAAAUGAGAAGAAGUAGAUGUCGUCAGUCCAAGAGUCAGAAACCAAAAGCGCCAGUUCAGAUGCGGAAAAAUGUGCAGAGAGUGGAGUUUUCCCUGUUGUCCUACCCGCAGAGAAGCAAGCUCAGCUGAAAUGUCAAGUAGGAAAAAACCUUUUCAUUGAUAAAACAUGGACCAAGGUCAACUAUGCAGAGAUUCUUCAAGAUCUGGAAGAAAACCAAGCCAAAUCUUGCUUCUGGAAUUUGAAGAAAUAUUUUAAGAGGUAUAAGAAUGAUGAUGUUUUAAUUGGUUAUGAGCCAUUUCGCAGCAAAGAAAAUGAGUUUAUCAUUUGCGUCACAGAAGACGCAAAGAAUGGUAUCCUGGAAAAAUUGCAGAGCAAGCACAAGGAAUUUUUGCGAAGAAUUCAGUCAUCAAAAAAUGUCGUUCCUAGACCAUGGAAGUCACUGGGAAGCGAACUGGAGAUUGCGGAUUGUCAAGUUUCUGAUGAACGAGACGUGAUUAGCUAUGAAUGGAUUGGGGAUACAAGUGCAAGACGGAAGACUAUUAUUUUUGAAGAUUUACCACUGUCUGAGGUGCAAAAACUAUCAGUUUCACUUGUCGCACAUCAAGAUGACAAAUUUGUAAUCAAGGAGAGCACUGUCUUUGAUGUUGGUGUGCAAGCGAUUCCGCAUGUUGCUGAAGAGGAAGUCCAAACACACCCUACAAUACCAACCAAUGCUUGCACCCAGUAUGCCCCGGAAAGUCAAGUUGCUGUUUCGAGCGAUCAAGAGAAGACCGUCGAGCUUCAUGAACUGGAUGCGUUUUGCAAAAAAUACAGAGAUGAGUUCCAUCAAGUCCUGUCGUACAAUGAGGUUUAUGACCUUUACCACGAUGACUAUCCUGCUCUUGUAAAAGACAAACAAAAUCUCUCAGCUUCUUUCUGUGGAACUUACACCGAGUAUCAGUGUCUGAAUAAUGUUGCAGCCUCUGAAGGAAAACAUGUUUCAUGUAUAGCAUGGCACACUGCCUUAACAGGCGUCUUGGCUGUGGCUUAUGUUUCAAAGCACCGUUGUGAAACAAAGACUACUGAGUCAAGCGAUGAAAAUUCCAACAGUGAAAAAUCUCUUCAAAAUGGAGCAGAAGAGUCUGAAAAGAAAGUGAAAAUCAAUAUGACAAACAAAUACUUGCCCGAUCAUCACGACAUAAAGAGUCCAGCGACAGCUGAUCAAGAUCCGACAGAAUAUGAAAAAGAUGUUGAAAGAUUGAAGAAUUUGCAGAAAGGCUCGAAAGGACAAGCCAAAAGACUUGGGCUGCGCAAAAAGCUAGCUGCUCACGUCGCUUUCUCAGAGCAUCUCGAACUGAAAAAGCAACCAAGAGUAAUGGAUGUGAGGAAAACUGUGUUGCUACCGAAAAAAGUGGAAGAAGUUCCUCAACUUAUUGAUGAACUUAGUGACACUUCCGAGAGUAGUGAUGGCAAUGAUUCAGAGGAAUUUAUUUUACCGCAAGCGGAUGAAGCUUCAGAUGAGGAGUCAAGUGAUUUUGACAGAAAUGUUGAAGUUCCUGAAAAUAUCAUCAUUGGUGAUUUUGAGACCUCUGACCUCAGCAGCACCGAAUCAGAAACAAUGCAUUUACCACCGAUAAAACAAAAACCUAGUAAAUCUUUAGAUGUCACAAAACUUCACAGAGGGAGCUUAUUUCCUCCGGUGAAAGAUAAGACUCCGAAAGGAAGACGACAAUCAGCUGCACCUCAAUUACCAGCACUUACGAAGCAAAAAGAACAAAAAAAGAAGGAUAAGAAAACAGAAAUCAGACCGGCUAGUGGAAAGCACGAAUCAUUAGACAAAGGUAUUUUAAGUGCGUUAGGUCUAGAUGUGAAGGAAUAUUUGAAGGAAUAUCUGUCACCCAUCAACAAAAGUCAAAGUUGUGAUCGUUCUAGCUCAAAAUCUUUUGAGUCGGGGAUUUCAGCUCUCUCAGCCAGUUUCUCUGACGGAACAGAAAGUGAUGGGGAAAGCUUAGAGCCAGGUUUUGAGUUGGAGCAACCACCUGACGAUGAUUUUAAUGACAAUAACUUGGAAGAGGAUGAAAUCGCCCCUCAAAUUUUAGAGCCCAAAAAUCCGGUCCUCAUUUGGAGUUUUGAUGAUGAUAUUAAACCAAAAGUGUGCCUCGACAGUCCUUAUGAGCUUCAAUGCAUUAAAUUCUGUCCUCACAACGGCAAUCUGCUGGCCGGAGGGAGCGUAAGUGGCAUAGUAGUUUUGUGGGACUUGGCAGGGAAACUUAGAAGUACUGCUAGCUCUAAAAAGAAGUCGAAAGAGAAGUCAGAAUACAUGCUGUUGCUUGAAAGUAUGAUGCAAUGGCAACAGGAUUAUUCAUGGGAAAAAGUGCGACCAACUGCAAUCAGCAAUCGCAGCGUCUCUCACUUAGAUGCCAUAACUUGUCUAGACUGGGUUCAUCCCUUUAUUCAGAUAACACCAAAUGGUAGGCUGUGCUCACUUCCGAAGGAUUUAAAAUCCUUACAGCUCAUAACAGGGUCUUUGGACGGAACCUUGAAAGUAUGGGAUUUGACGUUUAAUGCUGAAAAAGAAUCAAGUGAAGAAUGUCAGGAGAAAACUGCGAGUCCUCAGGAUAAGGAAAGAUUGAAGAAAAAGAGAGUCUCUAUUUUCCAGAAAUUGUGCAAAGACUGGUCGCCUAUUUACACUUUGAAGGUGAUAAACAACAAAAUGAUGCUUCAGCCCGUUCAUAAAUUUCACUUCAAUUUCCCUGCAUUGAAAUUCAAGAGACAACCAUCAUCAUCAUCCCGGAAUCACGCAGAAACCCUCGAGGAUCAGAUUUCUUUCUCCUUUGAUGGUACCACAUUAUCCAACGAAGAUCUCAUUUAUGAAAUAGUCAUUGCCACUGGUUGUGAUUUUGGAGUUUAUUCUUGGGAGGGAUUUGAAUUUGAGACGGGAAAUGCUCCGAAAGAAGAAUUUGCCAAGCGUUUGUGGGUCAAUAUGAUUCAUGAUGGAGAAAUUGUUUCAUUACAUCGGAGCACUUCCUUUACAAAUGUAGUCGCUACGGCAGGAGGUCAUAUCAUCGCUCUGUGGCACAUUGAUUAUGAGGAUGGUCCUAUUUGGUGGAAAAGGUACCCUGUGUUAGUGACAUCCAUUCAGUUUUCUCAAUACAAACCAACGGCUUUUAUUGUUAGCCGUGCUGAUGGGUUUGUUGAAAUAUUUGAUUUAAUUCGCCAGUCUCACAACAGUGUCCAUAGCUUUUUCAUCUCUGGAGAGGUUAUAACAGAAAUUGCUGAACCAAUUCUCCCAUUUGUAUCUGGUCUUUGCGCUGUUGCUGAUUAUACUGGAAUAAUCAGGUUGUUUCAUGUCCCACAAAAGUAUCAUCAUAUCAACCCGCGAGAGAUCGAAACAGUGAGAGCAUUUUUAGACAGAGAACCUGAACGAAGACGUGCAAUGAGCGAAUGGAAUAAAUCUUUUAAAGAUAAUAAAGGCCACAGUGCACAAAUAGAAUCAUACCAGAGCCCAAAAGAAGACAAAUCAAAAGCAUCUAAACCUCUAUCAGCAUUUAAAAGAGCAGCGAAGUAUCAGGAAGAAGUUUUCAAGUGGUAUAUCAGACGAAGGGGAUCUUUUCCAUGGAUUCGUAAGAAGAUAGAAGAGUUGGAAAAAAGAGAAGAAAAAUAUGUCCUUCAGACUGUCAUAAAUCAGAAGAAAGUCAAUCGCAAAGAAAUGAACUUGUUAAUGCGACCGAUAAUUCAGGAAGAACAAGAAAAAGUUGAGAAGUAUGCCAAAGCAGAGAAAAGGAUCAAAGAAGCGGACAGAAUUUUCCAAGCGGCUGUCAACCUCCUGUUUCCGAAACCUCCUCAUAAGUUUGAGCAAGAAAUGAAACCGCAAAAACGGGAUCCGUCAAUUGAUGAGAUGGAAACUCAGAUUAUUGCACACUUUGGUCCGAAUAGUCAGGAGCGAGAUGCUGAAGUUUUGAAACGAAUCAAAGAAAAUCCAUGGAUACCUGAGGAAUAUGAUUGGGGAAAUGUCCUAGAAAAACACGACUCAUUGAGAAGAGUUUUCAAUGAUCCUUCUCGAAAACGAGAUAAGAAGUUGAGGUGGCUGAGGAAGAAAUUAAUCAAAAUCGCCAAGGAAGAAAACUGUCCCAUUUAUAGGCACAGAAACCAUUACGAACGAUAUUCGCGCAGGAAGCUUGUGAAUCGUUACAACCAGCUUGAACAUCUUAAAAACAUAUAUGGUGUGGAUUAUGACUUGAACUGGACAACUGACGCUCAUGUCCGAAAAAAACUAGCUUCCGAAUCGGCGGAGAAGUCAGACCAGAUCAUACUGGAACCAGCGGAAGCAGAGACUCAUUCAGACCUUGAAAUUACACCUCCGGACUCAGAUGUCGAGCUUGAGGUGAUGACUGAUCUGAAAGAUAAACCACAAGAGCGAUCACAGGCACAACAGUUGGAAUUCUUGAAGUCGCUUUUUUCUCCUGCGCAGCUUAAGAACUAUAAGUCGAUAGCUAGACCUGAACGCAAGAAGCCCAAGUCAAUGCUACGAUUACUAGAUGCAUCGCAGCUGACAUCACUUCUGAGUGAGUCAAUCUUGGUUGACCAACUUAAUGAGCUGACGUUUUUGAGUGAUGAAGAGGAUGGAGCUGUGCCGGUAAAGGAGGAACAAGGGAAAAUUUUGAAGUCAUAAUUAUUGGAAGAAUGGAAACUGAAUCAGAAUAAUUAUGCAAUGAAUAAAUUUAUGCAUUAAUAUGAUGCAAAAUUGUU